AAGAGCUCCGAUUCCACCGACAAAGGCUUACUCACCUGAAACUGGAAUCAGAUGUGGUGAAAAGCAUUGUGCAGCAAAUGCAAAAUGUGUUGACAAUAGUAUAUGUGUAUGCGAGGACGGAUUUUAUGGCAUUGGUGAUAUAAGAUGUUCAAAAAUGUGUUCAUGUGGAAGCGGUGGUCCAAACCUGUUUGAAACAUUUGAUGGCAAGAUUCUUCACUUUUCUGGAAAGUGUCAAUACCAGAUAUCAUCCUACACAGACCCUCGUGGUACCUGCUCUUUUUCUGUAGACCUAGUGAACAAAAGAAAGGAUGAAACUCAUCUCACCGUUAAAAUUGUAGAAAUGAACAUCAAGUUGCUCCAAAACCAACAUGUGCAAAUAAACGGACAGGAUCGUUCCCUUCCUGCUGGUAACUCAAAGUUCAUAAUCUACAAAGCUGGAUUUGCUAUUCGACUUUUUGUGCCGAGUUGUGGUUUUUUAAUCAGUUGGGAUGGUGACACCAACCUGCUGAUCUCUGUCCCAGUAGCCUUUUCUAGUGGACUUGAUGGUAUCUGUGGCAAUUGUAAUCAAAACAAAAAAGAUGACCCGACCACUGCAGAUGUGUUCUCCAAGUACACAGUGACAGAAUUAUCCAGAUCAACGUGUGAAAAUGCAUUUUCCACUACACGUUGCAACAGACGAUCUAAACUGAUGAUGAAGAUGCGGGUCUGUAAAUAUCAGGAUCGAGCGAUCAAAAGAAGAUGUAAUCUAUCGUUUCAAGAAAGCAAAACGUUAAUGAGAGCGUGUAUUGACAGUGGCUGUGACUUCAUGACUAAAAGAAAGAAUAAAGCUGCAAUAAAAACUGGGUGUCAGACUUUAGACUUGUUCUCUGGUAUCUGUAGGUCCAAAGGUCACGAUGUCAACUGGAGAAUAUUCCCGCUUAACGAUUGCAGAAGACCAAGAUGUAAAUCUAGUGCAAACAUGGAGACAAACUUUGGUAAAGGAAUAUCCGGUUGUCCACAGACGUGUGGAUUCGCUUUUGAAGGAAACUGUACAUUGCCCUUGGCUGAAGGCUGUAAGUGCAAAGAUGGUUUUGUUUGGGAUGGAGACAACUGUGUGAGACCUAACAAAUGUGGCUGUACAACGCCUGAUGGGGAUUAUAUAAGUGUUGGAAAAUCUCUGAUCAGCGAACAUUGCUCACAUGUGUACAAAUGUGUCAGGAAAAAUGGAAAAGCAACACUGCAUACACAACCUGGACCAUGUGUGAAUAAAAAUUGCGUCGUUGUUAAUGGAGAACCAAAAUGUACAUCGUGUAAGGAAGGGUUUGAAAAGACACCUGACGGAUGCAUUCCAAAGUUCACUACAACAUCGGCUAUGCAAACACCUGCUUCUAUACCACUGCAAGAUAUUCCUUGA